AUGGUGGACAAGGACUAUUUUGUAGAGAGAGAGGUUCUGGAUGAGUUACGUCUGAAUGAAGUGGCACAAGAAGGGAAAUGGAUCACUAAACCACCUGUGCGUGAACGGGUAAAAAAUUUCUUCAGGUGUUCGGUGCCCAGGCUGAAGCGCAUAGUGGGGAGCUGGGUGCCUAUUCUAGGCUGGCUGCCUCAGUACUCACUCAGAGAAAAUGCAUUUGGGGACCUGUUCUCUGGAUUAAGUGUGGCCAGCUUGCAUCUACCACAAGGCAUGGCAUAUGCUCCUCUGGCUGCAUUACCUGCUGUGUAUGGUCUAUAUACCUCCUUCUUCCCAGUGCUGAUCUACACUAUCUUCUGUACUUCCAGACACAUCUCCAUAGGUACGUUUUCUGUGGUCAGCAUGAUGGUUGGAAGUGUGACAGUAAGGCUAGCACCAGACCAGAACUUUCUUGUAAAUGGCACUAAUGGAACAACUGUGAACAGCGCUGCACGGGAUUCUGCCAGAGUACAGAUAGCAUGUUCCCUCGCACUCUUGACAGGAAUCUUUCAGAUCCUGCUGGGUAUUGUGAGAUUUGGAUUUGUUGUGACCUAUCUGUCUCAGCCACUGAUUCGUGCUUACACCACUGCAUCAGCAUGUCAAGUAGCCAGCAGCCAGCUAAAGUACCUGUUUGGAGUCUCAAUCGCUCGAUACAGUGGCCCCCUCUCCCUCAUUUAUACUGUGGUGGAUGUUUGCCGAAUGCUGCCUAAAACUAGGGUGGUAGAGCUGGUGGUGGUCCUGAUCGCACUUGCUGUUCUCAUUGGGACCAAAAGUAUCAAUAACCACUUCAAAGACAAGAUGAUUGUGCCCAUCCCUAUCGAACUCAUACUUGUCAUAUUAGCAACAGUCAUCACCCAUUACGCUGGACUUAUUGAUAAAUACGGCGUUACUGUGGUUGGAGCAAUUCCCUCUGGCUUCAGGGCCCCUGUCAUUCCAGAUGCCUCUUACUUCCCAUCCAUUGCGGGUGAUGCUUUUUCUCUGGCUAUAGUGAGCUACACCAUUAACAUUGCACUGGCCAAAACAUUUGCCCUCAAGCAUGGCUACAAGGUGGACAAUAACCAGGAGAUGAUUGCAGUGGGUCUUAGUAACGGCAUUGGCAGCUUUUUUUUUUGUUUCAAUGUGUCCUCCUCCCUGGCCCGCAGCCUUGUCCAGGACUCCACAGGGUGCAAAACACAAGUUACAGGAGUAGUUUCAUCCAUUGUUAUGAUGAUUGUGAUUUUGAAAAUAGGUUCUCUUUUUCAAGAGCUCCCCGUGGCGGUCUUAGCUGCAAUAGUAUUGGUGAACUUAACAUUAUUGUUCAUGCAGUUCACUGAUGUCUAUACACUGUGGAAGACCAAUAAGAUUGAUAUGGUGGUGUGGCUGGUGACAUUCGCAUGUACCAUCCUGCUCAACCUGGACAUUGGCCUGGCUGCUGCCGUUGGCUUUUCCUUGUUUGUUUACAUCAUCAGAUCACAACUGUAA